AUGGCUGCUAUGGGUGAGAGAGGCUGUCGUCAGCUGCUGGCGGUUUGGGGUAUUUCAGGACGGCUCGGUGGGUGUUAGCUACCACUAGCCAGUGAUUCAGGAAGAGGAUCCUGAGGAAAGGAUAACCUCAAUGCUGUCAUCCUACGCCGAGCCACCUACAAUUAGAUGUAUUUCAACUGUAUAAUCAGGCAGAAUGGUAGACACACUGAUGACCAUGGACUUUCCCUGGUUUCCUUUCAGUGCAUGUCCUACCAGCGACCACGGCCAAGAAGAGUCUGUGGAGACUGUUUGAAGGUAAGAACGCAACUCUCUUGUUCUCUGCAUUGUACGUGACUAAAAUAACGCAACAACAAUAAAUAUGUCCUAAAUAUUUCUGCAUAAGUGACUGACAACUGAAACACGAGUCUUCAGAGUUGUACGAUACUAUGACUGUGACUAAUCUGGUUGGUUUUGUGUGUUUCAGACGUGUACCUGUGCGCUGUGCUGAUCUGCUCUGUUGGACUGUUGUGCAUGUGCAUGUUCACCGUGGCGGUGACCUGCCAAUAUGUUCAGAGGAAGAAGAAGUUAAAAGGUGAGUAACACCCUAUCCCCCCUCUUUCCAUUCAACACUGAAACACUAAUCUGGGCCACAUUAACAGAUCAUUUAAAGCUAAUGGACUCUGAGAUGUAAAGCCAAGGCACGCUUUUUGAUGACAUGGUACAAUGUUUUUUGCCCAUCCUGCACUAAUGCUUUGUCUCAUUGCCUCAUAGACAACUACCAUUUGGUCAAGAGCCUACAGAACAGGUAACCUUCAUCAUUCAAACUAAAGUAACUGUGACUUAUACUUCAUCCACUAUGGUACACACAGACUCUUUUCUUCCAUGACUGCGAUGGAUACUUACAUUUCCCUGCUUUAAUUCUGCUGUGAACAUGCCUGUCUGCUGUCUGCAGUUCAGGGGAGAUGGUGACCAGUCUAGUCAGUGUGUCUUCUGCCCUGCCCAAAAAGCAGAGGAGGUACAGGAAGAAACGGAGCAAAACGCAGUCGGAGAUACCACCAGAAAUACCAGUUAAAGGUAAACAGACAGACUCUCAACAACAUCAUACAUCUGUACCACAAUUUCCCCUACCCAAGCAUGUAUGUUUUCUUACAAGCCUAUCUUCAUAUCCACAUUUGGGUAUAUGGUCUGGGGGAGGGAAUGUGGUUAAAGUGAUCAUCAGAGCAUAAAGGUGUACUGAAAACGGUGUGCUUCCUGAUGCUAGAGAUGUGAAUUAUCUGAGGAACAUUGCUUUACUUGCUACUACCUUUUGAGUCCAUAUAUGGAUCUACUAUACUGUACGUGCUGGAAUAGAUCAACCGGAAAAAGAGCAAAGCAACUUUUCUUUUCAACUCUUUGUGAUAUCAGUGUGUUACCAGAAAUAGUGCCAAGUUUAUGGUCAACUAAUCAUGUAAGACAGCUGAUUUUAAGAAAGUAACGUUUGUUCUUGAUGGUGAUAUUUUGGUUCACCCUUGAGAUUAAUAGGCUGAUGUUCGGCAGUUUUAAAGUGUUGCAUCUGUCUCACAAGGAGUUCAUGUCAUGUUGUAGUAGUCUGAAUGUGUCAAACAUUGUAUGUCUGUUCAACUCUGCUUUGACGUCUGCGUCCAAAUCAUCACUAAUCAAUGACAGGACGGGCAUGUAAACAUUGCAGACGGAGAACAUUUUCGUUCUGGGUUUGGGUUUGAGGGGGAAUAUGUUUUUUGUUACACAGACAAUGUGUUCCCUCGCUGCAUACAGUAAAUGAUCAUUGUAUUCUUCCACAGCACCCAUAGCAGACAAAAUCCCAAAACCCAAACUUUUAAAGGUACAGCCGAUGAAAGUGGUCUUGGUAAGUGUUCUGGGGUAACUCCUGAUUCUUACAUACAAUUUGUUAGGCAACAGCUACAGUAUUUCUGUAGAGGGCUGUCCAGAAAUCUAGCAUUUUCCUUUAAGUUGUUUUACUUUAAGUUUUACUUAGUUCGAUUUUUGUGUAUAUGUGACUGUUAUCCCGAGGUAAUUAUUGUCCAGUAUCAUAUUGUAAUAGACACAACAUGAAUAACUCGAUUGACAAGUCUGCUUCUUCACACGUUUCAUCUUUCUCCCCUGUAGCCGAAGAUUACAGAGGAGAGCCUGACAUAUGCAGAGCUGGAGCUGGUCAAGCCUCUGCCGGACAACAAAGCCUCGUGCACAAGCACCGUGUACGCCCAGAUCCUCUUUGAGGAGAGGCAAGUAUGA